UCGAACAAAAAAAAAAAAAAUAUUCAGCUUGGAAAUUAAAGAUGUUCAUGAUUAGUAACAGUGGCAUGCAGUCACCGUGAUGAUGUCACCAUUGCAUGUCAAUGAACUUUAAAAAACAAAGAAAGUAUGUUAGGUAUCGUUCUUUAUUCUAGGAAUGCAUUAGAUGAAAACCAAACGCCGUUAUGCCUCCGCUGUUAAUUGGAUUUUGUUUGGAAAAAAGAAUGAAGAAACAGCAAAGCACCACUGCAAACAGAGCGAGUUAAUUGAAAAAGAUUACAAGGACAAUAAAACAGAUUUUUCCGUUCCAAUACAACAUUUGUCAACCUCGUAUAAACAACCAAUAUCCUCAGUAGAGUGAGUUGGGUAAGGAUCCAUGAACAAUUCUUAGCGUUGAGCAAACAGUCGACAGACGAUAGAGACAAUUGAAAACCAACUACCUAAAUCACAAAAACAGGAAAGAUAAAAGCUAACGUUCGAAAACAAACAGUUGCAACAAGAACAUCCCAGUGGCAACAACAACCCAGACAGACAAUGAACUCUGAUAGCAGUGAAUUGGAGACGUCUAACAAUGGACGCGUCAUAUUCCAUAUGCCUCAAAAUGCAGUCACAAUGGGGUUGCCAUCUACAACCCGUAUAUCGAGUACAAUUGCGACCGCCAACAAUCCAAACACCCCCUCAACCAGUAGCACAAUGCAUUCUGUUGUCGGCAGCGUAGGUGGUAUUGGUAGUGGCGGUCUUGCAACAGAUGUUGGCAAUGAUUACAAUUUGAAUUUGAAUAGCGAAAUGAAUGCACCGCCCGCCACGUCUGUAGGUAAACACUGUGAAAAACCGCAAGAGCGCUACGUAUGGGAAAUGCGCACGCGCAGUCCCAACGUUACACCCGCAAGCACUGUGCUGAAUUCGCCUGAUUUAAAUACAGAUGUGCAGUACGCGCUGCACCAUCAUCAACAUCGGCAGCAUCAUCAGAUUAGAGUAGGACGUAGUCCCGGAAGCCAAUUCGAACAGCAAAACGUAAUGCCGCAGGGUCUCGCGAGCCCAGGUGGAUCCCCCACAGACGUUGGCAAAGCUGGAGUGCAGUGUUUGCGCGACGGAGAAAUAGUCGUUUUCGAUGAUAUUGACACAAAUUGGAUGAAUAAGGCAAACGCGGCCAACAUUUCCAACGCUGUGCUAAGCGGAAUCCCAGUUCCAAAAAACACGAACGAAUCCUUUACGUCAGUACAUCCUCAACACAACAACGAAGAUGUCUUAAAAGUAACUAAGAUGAUUGGCCAGCUACCAAUAGCUGAGUAUGAAGGCUCACCACGUCGCUUUGGCAAUCAACCGCACGGUAAUAUGAAGCAAGCGAAUGCUAGCAUAUUUUCCAAGCGCCCACCAGGCUUUCCACAGCGUGUAUCACCCAUUGCAGGCGCACAAAAUCAGCCACAACAAUACUCAACAAUGCAGCAACAGCUAAUACAACAAGAUUUCAAUGCACGUUCUACACAAUAUGGCCAACUUAGCUUACAACAAACACAGUAUUAUGCAAACACACCAUCGUUAGUGGCAACAAGCGUUGCUGGUGCUGGCAUUAAUGACUGUCAUGAUAAUAAGUUAAUGGGCAAUUUGAUUGAUAUCGACGAUGGAAGCGUACACGCGGCCGCAGUUGAUGGUGGCCAAGUAAAAACGCCUGCUUUUGAUUACUUGUACGAGUGCUCUGAGACGCGUAAAGUACUGGAAGAUUUUUUUAAAGCGAAUUCAGAAGAUGAAAAGCGUUUUACUGACUAUACUGAAAGCGGCGACGAUGUGGGAAGUUGUGAUACUCAUUUGGAAUAUGAGCGUGAGCGUGAACGUGAGCGCGAAGAAGGAAAACACAUAGAGCAAGCAUAUAUUGGACAACGCUUAGCCAGAAUACCAAAAGAUGAGUUGAAUAUGGUGCAUCGGUCGCCACGCAAACAACCCUGUGAGUCUGUUUACAAUGAAAACAAUGAUAUCGAGUUGUACAUAGAUUCGAAUAGUCGCAGUAGUGGCGAUUUGGCUGACACCGAAUUAGAAGCAAAUUUGCGCCACCAUUCUCGCAAUUUCACACUAUCCCCAGAGACUACUGAUUACGAUUCGAAUUGCGGUGAUCUGGACAGCUUGUCAAAUGACAUAAAUUGUCCCACUGACUAUGGUAAAUUAUACACCAGUAUGCCAGUACUGGAGGAUGGCCUAUCUAGCGGCCAUGCAUCGGAUACGGAAAAUAAUGUAAAUACCGCCGUUGAGAGUGAAAAACAAACAGUGGAAAGCAACUGCGCAGAAAAUGGUCAAGCACAAGUGGCUCUGACGAUCCAGACUCAAACACGUCAAUAUCAGCUACAGCAACCGCAUACUCCUCCAGCAAUGCUGCAAAAUAAUGAGUACAAUGCGAGCUUGUCGCUCGAGUGCCAUGACAGUUGCAUUUCAAACAGCAUUGUGAACGCUGUAACGAUGGACAGCAAUUUAAUAAACGAUUUAAUUGAAGUUCCUGAUCAAACGAUUCAGCAGCACCAUCAGCGCCAGUCAGAAUUUCAGCUCCGCAGUGAUGAACUAAUGCAACAUGAUGGUGGCUGCUGUAGCAAUAAUGCCGCUGUCUGUUCGAACGCAUCGAAUGAGCUCGGUCACAACAAUUCCAAUUAUGAUGCCGUCUACGCAACCACGAUGACUACAAAGCAAUCUCCACCACCGCCACCAGCACCUGCAGCAUAUCGGCAGUGUGUGCGUGCAAAACAGCAACGCGAAUCGGCAGAUAUACAAGAAGCUAUGAAGGAGAUACGGUCGGCGCUACAACGGGCCAAAACACAGCCAGAAAAAUUAAAAUUUUGUGAUGAGGUAUUACCGCCUGACCCGGAAUCGCCAGUGUGGGUGCCACGCAAAACUUCACCAACUAGCGCUUCAUUGACAACCAAUCGGAUUGGUGCUAACCUGCAUGAUCUGCAUUGUAGUGGCAAUGGUGGCAGUGCGAGCGGAGCGAUCGCAGGGGACGAGGAAGAGCCCGAUACUGAUUUGGAAACGGAUCGACUGUUGGGUCAACAGCGGCUCGAUGAGCAAGGUUACUUUGACGAUAAGACAAUUUGGCCCAAAACAUCACGUAUCGGCGCCGGCACAGAUUCCAAUGACCAAUCACCUAGUACAUCGGACAUCACAAUGCUCACCACAAAUUCUGUCAGUAUUAAACCGCCAGCAUUCUCCUCAGCCACCAUUCGUCAGGGCAUUGGCACAGCGCUAACGCCCAGUUCGCCCGAACAGUGUCAGAUUGUAAGCAACGCAGAUGUUACGCUCAGCUCACCCGAAAAGUUGCAAUACACAAAAAGUCCAACUGGCUCCAUCAAGUCGCUGAAAGAUUCAGCGAACAGCGAUAAGAAGGCAAAGACACGCAACAAAGAGGGGCUAUUGGAUCCUGCAGUGCUAAUUGAAGGCGUCCUCUUUCGUGCACGUUAUUUAGGCUCAACACAGCUGGUAUGCGAGGGCCAGCCAACGAAGUCCACGCGGAUGAUGCAGGCUGAAGAGGCCGUUUCGCGCAUAAAGGCUUUGGCUCCAGAAGGCGAAAGCCAACCCUCCACCGAAGUAGAUCUAUUUAUAUCAACCGAGAAGAUUAUGGUGCUCAAUACAGACCUCAAGGAGAUUAUGAUGGAUCAUGCUUUGCGUACAAUUUCUUACAUAGCCGACAUCGGCGAUUUGGUUGUGUUGAUGGCCCGUCGACGGUUCGUGCCAUCUGAUUCGUGUGGCUCGGACGCAGAUGUGGCAAAUGGCUGUGGCAAUGGUAAUAAGGACGCUCAAGAAAAUGGCACUGCGGUGAAUAGCAGCGGUAACGGUAGCGGCAGCAACGGCGGCGGUACCGUCAAUGGCGUUGGUUGCAGUGUUGGCGGUAGCAGUAAUAAGCACAAUCGCACGCCAAAAAUGAUUUGUCAUGUAUUCGAGAGCGAUGAAGCGCAAUUUAUAGCGCAAUCAAUCGGUCAAGCCUUUCAGGUGGCCUACAUGGAAUUUCUGAAAGCAAAUGGCAUUGAAGAUCAUAGUUUUGUAAAGGAAAUGGAUUAUCAAGAGGUGCUUAAUAGUCAAGAGAUCUUCGGCGAUGAAUUAGAAAUAUUCGCUAAGAAGGAAUUGCAAAAGGAGGUGGUUGUGCCGAAGGUGAAAGGUGAAAUACUGGGAGUAGUGAUUGUGGAAAGCGGCUGGGGCUCAAUGCUGCCUACUGUAGUGAUAGCAAAUCUGAUGUCGGCAGGUGCAGCGGCGCGUUGCGGUCAGUUGAAUAUCGGUGAUCAGUUGAUUGCUAUAAAUGGCAUGAGCUUGGUAGGAUUACCGCUGUCGACAUGCCAGAGCUAUAUACGCAAUGCCAAAAAUCAGACAGCGGUAAAAUUCACUGUGGUACCGUGUCCACCGGUGGUCGAGGUGAAAAUCAAGCGACCCAAUACAAAAUAUCAGCUGGGCUUCAGUGUGCAAAACGGCGUGAUUUGCAGCCUUCUGCGUGGCGGCAUUGCAGAGCGUGGCGGCGUGCGCGUCGGGCACCGCAUUAUUGAAAUCAAUAAUCAGAGUGUGGUGGCAGUGCCGCAUGAAAAAAUUGUCAAUCUGCUCGCUACAUCUGUGGGCGAGAUAUUAAUGAAAACUAUGCCGACUUCGAUGUUUCGUUUACUCACGGGACAAGAGAAUCCCAUUUACAUAUAAAUUAAGCUUAACUGAUACGCUAUUACACUCACAUUCUGCAUACAUACUAGUAUUUAUCAAAAUUUUUCCAAUUUGAUUUCACAACUUGUGCGCUAAACAAAAUUACAAUACUUUCUUACUCAAUAACUAACAAAUAUGUAAGUAUGUACUAUUUACACACAAAUAAUCUGUACUAUUAGAUAAGUAAGUGCAAGAAAAAACCAAUGCAGAUUGAAGGUGAACAAAGAAUUCGAAAUGUUUGAAAAAGAAUAAAUUUGUAAAGAA